CUAAAAGUGGUUGGUCCCGUUGCUGUUCUUGGAGGACUGCUACAAAUAGUCAUUCUUAUGUUCUUGUGUGGCAUAACUGCUAUGUUGUGCGGAGCAAAGUUGUCCGAUGGUGUAUUUGUCGGUUGCUUCCUCUCAAUGUCUUCAACAGCAGUGGUGGUGAAGUUUUUGGUUGAGAAGAAUAGUAAUAACAUUCUUCAUGGUCAAGUGACUAUUGGAAUCCUUAUUUUUCAGGAUUGUGCUGUUGGUUUACUGUUUGCUUUGCUCCCAGUUCUGGGUGGUAACAGCGGCAUUUUGCAAGGAAUGGCCUCAAUGGGGAAGCUGCUGCUGGUUUUGUCCUUAUAUCUCACUACUGCAUCUGUUUUGACUUGGUCAUUUGUUCCUCGAUUUUUGAAGUUAAUGACACAUCUAUCAUCUCAAACUAAUGAACUUUACCAGCUGGCUGCAGUGGCUUUUUGCUUAUUAUCUGCUUGGUGCAGCGAUAAGUUGGGCCUUAGUCUUGAAUUGGGGUCGUUUGUGGCUGGGGUGAUGAUAUCAACUACUGACUUUGCACAGCAUACUUUGGACCAGGUAGAACCAAUUCGCAACCUUUUUGCUGCACUGUUCCUUUCUAGCAUUGGAAUGCUUAUACAUGUACAGUUCCUGUGGACCCAUGUGGACAUAUUGCUUGCUUCUGUUAUCCUGGUCAUAGUGGUAAAGACUACUGUUACUGCUAUGAUCACAAAAGCCUUUGGAUAUAGCAUUAGGACAUCAUUUGUGGUUGGAGUACUUCUUGCUCAAAUUGGAGAAUUUGCUUUCGUCCUAUUAAGUCGUGCCUCAAAUCUACACCUUGUUGAGGGCAAGAUGUAUCUUCUUCUUCUUGGGACAACGGCUUUCAGUCUGGUGACAACUCCUGUCUUGUUCAAAUUGAUACCUGCAGUUAUGCACUUGGGAGUCCUCAUGCACUGGUUUCCUUCAGAGAGUGGCGUGCAGAAUGAGGAGAAAGUUGCCAUGAUUGACUUAUAUAACAGACAGUUGUGACCUUAGAGCUGAUUGUGAUUGUGUUCUAUAGUAACGAAGACUCUAGUUAGAUGCCGGGGUAUUUUGGAAAUACCGACAACUUCAUCAUGGAAGCUUCAAAUUAUACGUCACGAUAGCUUGGAGUAAAGUGUACAUAUAUACAUAUUCUAUUACCUCAUAUUCUUUGGAAGUUUGUAAUAUAUACUCAUUUUUUGGACAUGGACAUGUAAUUCGAGAUCCAUACAAAUCAUACAGAGAGCAUUCCCAUGUAUUUGGCACUUUAACCUUUAGAUUGAGUUGGAAAAGGGAUUCUAAAGGCAUCUUAAUCUUUAUUUCGUGAGUUACAUUAUUAUUAUUAUUUUUGUUCUGUAAAAUAAGAUUGCU